UCCUCCUAGCAGUCUCUUUCAUUUCAUCUUCUUCCUACCUCUCUCUCUCUCUCUCAUGGAAGCAGCAGCAGCAGCAGCAACAACAUCAAAUUCUGCAGAUUCAUUUCCCAAUCUAAGAAUCAUAGUAGAAAGCAAUCCCUCUGAGUCGCGCUUAUCUGAGUUGGGCAUUAACUCAUGGCCCAAAUGGGGGUGUCCACCGGGGAAGUACACGCUCAAGUUUGACGCAGCAGAGACAUGUUAUUUGGUAAAAGGCAAAGUGAAGGUAUAUCCUAAGAAAGCAGCAGCCUCCUCCUCCUCAUCUUCAUCUCAUCAUCAUCAUCAUCAUCAGGACGUUGUUGAGUUUGUAGAGUUUGGUGCAGGGGACCUUGUCACCAUCCCCAAAGGCCUUAGUUGCACUUGGGACGUCUCCGUUGCCGUUGAUAAGCACUACAAAUUCGACUCUUCAUGAUCAACGGCCAUGAUCUUACUAAUAAGCUAAGCUAGUGAUCAUUUGAGCAGAGCAGCCUUCUUUUUAGCUUCUGGUUUAUAUAUAUAUGUAGAUGUAGUAGCAGCUGCCAUGCCAUGCCAGUUCUAAACUUGAAAUAUUCAGUAUGUAUGUGUGUCUACUUUUAUGAAUUAAAUUAAUGUAAAGUGAUGUUAAUCUU